UGUGUGGAGUACAGGUGCCGGGAAAAUGGCUGAAUUCAACGUAAAGUUUGUCGGGCAAAAAUUAAGCAAAAUUCGAUGGCGACCUACGCAAUCACAGUCCAUUAUACAAUCAGAUGUAUUUGCCACGGGGAGCUGGGAUGACGAGGACAACAAGAUCCGUCUGUGGAGUCUGGAACAACUCAGUCGGGAUGACAGGGAGGGUCCUGGCAGUGUGCUGGACAGCGAGCCACACGAGUUGUGCAGCGUCACACAGAGAGGGGACGUCACAGACCUCAGUUUUAUAACGAAUGACCACAUAGCAGCAGCAUCUUCAACUGGAAAUGUAGCUAUAUAUCGCCACCAUAUCAACUCACAGACCCUGAGUGUGGCCCACAGCUGGGACGAUGUCCAUCACUUGGCGGCAGGGUCAUGUUCCUGCACUUGUUUAACAACUAAGGGAGACGAUGUAGUUGUAUCUGGUGGAGAGGAUGGAAGGAUUGUCGUUCUGAAUGUCAACCGGAGGCAACCAGAGAGAGUCAUUGAAUCUGCUGACAGUUGUACUAUAAAUGCCAUCACGUUUCUGAAACAGACAGAGGUUAUCACCGUCAAUUCCUUUGGACAGUUGAAGAUAUUUGACUUUCGACAGAACACUGCAGUUCCAACAAGAACCUACACAGUGACAGAAGAACACAGCUCACUGCAGUGUGUGGCUAAGCACCCUGGUCAGGCCCACAUUGUGGCCACAGGGGGCCAGGACGGGAUGCUGACAAUCUGGGACCUCCGUCAGGACAAGUUUCCCAUGACAUUGCUAGAGGCCCACAGUGCCACCAUGUGGGAGGUGAAGUUCCAUCCCCACAACCCAGACCAUCUGUUCACCUGCUCAGAUGAUGGCUCAGUCUGGCACUGGGAUGGGACGUCUGUCAGGGGCAGCGCAUCUACUUCAUCGUUUGUGUCAGGGUUACGAGGAGACAGUGCCAGCAGCACGGGACACAUCAGCUCGUGGCUGAACCUGGACUCCGCCCGGCAGAAGCUGGAGAUCACCUCCCUCCUCCCCACGAGGUCACUUCCUGUCAACUCCCUCGAUAUAGACCGCGAUACCCUCCUGUGUGGUACAGACAGUGAGACCCUCUACACUAUCUCCUUGCCAGGCCUGGUGUAGAGCUUCUCACUAACCAAGUCCUAAAUGCCAUAUCACUACCCGAGUCCCUAACCCAUCUCACUACCCCAUCUCACUACCCAGUCCCUACCCCCAUCUCACUACCCCCAUCUCACUACCCGGUCCCUACCAACCAUCUCACUACCCAGGUCCCUACCCCCCAUCACACUACCCCAUCUCACUACCCAGGUCCCUACCCCCCAUCACACUACCCCAUCUCACUACCCAGGUCCCUAACCCCAUCUCACUACCCCCAUCCCACUACCCAGGUCCCUAACCCCAUCUCACUACCCCCAUCUCACUACCCGGUCCUUACCCACUUCUCACUACCCCCAUCUCACUACGCAGGUCCCUAACCCCAUCUCACUACCCCCAUCUCACUACCCGGUCCCUACCCCCAUCUCACUACCCAGGUCCCUAACCCCAUCUCACUACCCCCAUCUCACUACCCAGUCCCUACCCCCAUCUCACUACCCCCAUCUCACUACCCGGUCCCUACCAACCAUCUCACUACCCAGGUCCCUACCCCCCAUCACACUACCCCAUCUCACUACCCAGGUCCCUACCCCCCAUCACACUACGCCAUCUCACUACCCAGGUCCCUAACCCCAUCUCACUAUCCCCAUCCCACUACCCAGGUCCCUAACCCCAUCUCACUACCCCCAUCUCACUACCCGGUCCUUACCCACUUCUCACUACCCCCAUCUCACUACGCAGGUCCCUAACCCCAUCUCACUACCCCCAUCUCACUACCCGGUCCCUACCCCAAUCUCACUACCCAGUCUUACCCCCAUCUCACUACUCAAAUCUCACUACCCAAAUCUCACUACCAAGUCCUACCCCAAUCUCACUACCCAGGCCCUACCCCCAUCUCACUACCCAGGUCCCUACCCCCAUCUCACUACCCAGUCCCUACCCCAAUCUCACUACCCAGUCCUACCCCCAUCUCACUGUCCAGGCACUACCCCCAUCUCACUACCUAGUCCCUACCCCCAUCUUACUACCCCCAUCUCACUACCAAGGCCCUACCCCCAUCUCACUACCCAGUCCCUACCCCCAUCUCACUACCCAGGCCCUACCCCCAUCUCACUACCAGUGUCCCUAACCCAUCUCACUACCCAGUCCCUACCCCAUCUCACUACCCAGUCCCUACCCCCAUCUCACUACCCAGGCCCUACCCCAUCUCACUACCCAGUCCCUACCCCAUCUCACUACCCAGUCCCUACCCCCAUCUCACUACCCAGUCCCUACCCCCAUCUCACUACCCAGUCCCUACCCCCAUCUCACUACCAGUGUCCCUAACCCAUCUCACUACCCAGUCCCUACCCCAUCUCACUACCCAGUCCCUACCCCAAUCUCACUACCCAGGCCCUACCCCAUCUCACUACCCAGGCCCUACCCCAUCUCACUACCAGUGUCCCUAACCCAAUCUCACUGCCCAGGCCCUACCCCCAUCUCACUACCUAGUCCCUACCCCCAUCUCACUACCCGUAUCUCACUACCCAGACCCUACCCCAAUCACACAACCCCAGCCCCACCUCCGUCUCACUACCCAGGCCCUACCCAAUCUCACUACCCAGACCCUACCCCCAUCGCACUACCCAAUCCCUACCACAUCCCAUUGCCCAAGUCCCUACCCUAUCACACAACCCUAGCACAACCUCCGUCUCACUACCCAAAUCCCUGCCCCUAUUUCCACACCCUCAUCUCACUACCCCUAUUUCAUUACCCCCAUCUCACCGCCCCAGUACACCAUCGUCAUGUAUAGGAUAACCAUUGUCAUGUAUAGGAUAUUAUUUUGAACUAAUGUUGUGUAUGUUCAUUGUAUAUGAUCAACUGCUAAAAUAAAUGUUUUCUACUAUCAA